AUGGCGCUUCCACCAAAGUUCUCGGGCCAACUCCUGGCAUCCGCCUCGACCGUCGAGGCCAAACAUACCAUUGAGCUAUACUUGGAUUAUGUCUGUCCGUUCUCCGCCAAAAUGUUCAAGACCAUCUACACAAAGAUUGGUCCUCUCAUCGAACAGAAGCACACCUCUCCAGGUGUUCGGGUCAUCUUUCGUCAACAGAUUCAGCCAUGGCAUCCCUCUUCCACGCUCGUCCACGAAGCCGGAGCUGCUGUCUUACGAACAGCUCCAAAAUCAUUCUGGGCAUUCUCGGAGAAGCUUUUUGAGGAGCAGAAAGAGUACUUUGAUAUCAGCGUGGUGAACGAGACCCGGAACAACACCUACAAGAGACUUGCCAAAUUGGCUGGAUCGAUAGAAGGCGUGGACGAGAAGACCAUCUUGGAUUUAUUGCUGAUUCCGGAGAAACCCGGAGAGGAUGGUGCUCUCAAUAUUGGCAACAAAGUCACGGAUGACGUGAAAUUUAUGGUCAAGGCGAACCGACUUACUGGUGUCCAUGUCACGCCAACAGUACUGUUCAAUGGAGUCGAAGAACGCAGCAUCAGCUCUGGUUGGACGGUGGAACAAUGGGAAGAGUGGCUGGCGAAGAAUGUAGUCUGA